CGCUCUCUGAAGCAAACGGAUAGAAUCCUAAAAUGACAUCCAGAUUUCCAGAGGGAAGAGCAGGAAAACCGCAGCGUUCAAGCACACAGUCGUGAAGUUUUCCUGCUCACGUUACUGCGGAUUACAUCGGCAACAGAUAUGAAGUCUGUAGUCAACACGUUAGAAAUGUAUUUUUAAAACAAAGUAGCGCGCGGUGUCACACAACAGUUUUACCUCAGGAUUUCAUUCCCGCUUUUUAACUCCUCCGGCAGGAUUUCUGAGUCCCGUCGACAUGUGUGAUCUAAUGCCCGCGGCUCAACCGGCCGAAAAAAUCGGCAAAAUGAAGAAAUUAAGGAGAACUUUGUCGGAGAGCUUCAGUCGCAUCGCUUUCAAGAAAGAAGACAGCGGCUUUGAUGAGAUAUGUGUCACAAAGAUGUCCACUCGCAGCUGCCAGGGAUCCGACUCGGUCAUCAAGCCCCUGGACACAAUCCCUGAAGACAGAAAGGUACGAGUACAGCGGACGCAGAGCGGCUUCGAUCCCUUUGAGAAACCGGCGAGUCAGGUGAAGCGCGUUCACUCGGAGAAUAAUGCCUGUAUCAACUCCAAAAGUUCCUCCGCUGGGAAAGAGUCUCCUAAACUCCGCCGUCACUCCAGCCCCAGUUCUCCCACGAGCCCAAAGUUUGGAAAGGCGGAUUCAUAUGAGAAGUUGGAAAAGCUUGGAGAGGGAUCCUACGCUACGGUUUAUAAAGGAAAGAGCAAGGUGAACGGGAAACUGGUGGCGCUGAAAGUCAUCCGUCUCCAAGAAGAGGAAGGAACGCCUUUCACUGCCAUCAGAGAGACGUCUCUCCUGAAGGGUCUGAAGCAUGCAAACAUUGUUCUGCUUCAUGACAUCAUUCACACUAAAGAGACUUUGACGCUGGUCUUUGAGUAUGUGCACACAGAUCUGUGUCAGUACAUGGACAAACACCCCGGAGGUCUUCAUCCAGAUAAUGUCAGGCUGUUCCUGUUCCAGUUACUGCGAGGGCUGUCCUACAUCCAUCAACGGCACAUCCUUCACCGAGACCUGAAACCUCAAAACCUGCUCAUCAGCGAGACGGGAGAACUCAAACUGGCCGACUUCGGACUGGCCCGUGCAAAGUCAGUCCCGAGUCACACGUACUCUAAUGAGGUGGUGACCCUGUGGUACAGACCCCCAGACGUCCUGCUCGGAUCCACAGACUACUCCACCUGUCUGGACAUGUGGGGUGUCGGGUGCAUCUUUGUGGAGAUGAUUCAGGGUGUGGCAGCGUUUCCGGGCAUGAAGGACAUUCAGGAUCAGCUGGAGAGGAUAUUCCUGGUGGUGGGAACCCCCUCAGAGGACACAUGGCCAGGUGUUCCUGCUCUCCCGCACUUCCAACCAGAUCGCUUUACUGUGUACAGUCCCAAGAAACUGAGGCAAGCCUGGAAUAAGUUGGGUCAUGUAGAUCACGCAGAAGAGUUGGCGUCAGGAUUUCUCCAGUGCUUCCCAAAGAAGCGUCUCUCAGCCCAGACGGCUCUCCAUCACGAAUACUUCAGUCAUCUUCCUCCACGACUCUGGGAGCUUCCUGACAUGUCUUCGAUCUUCACCGUCCCGACCGUGAAGUUACAGCCGGAAUCUGCCGACAGCAUUCAGGUGUGCAGCAAGAGCAACAGCCACGGGACAAGCUCGUCAUCCGGCAAACACUGACCUGUAAGAGACACACACCUGACACCGUCCAGGUCGCUGCUGUGGUCCAUCAGAAUGAAGAUGAUACCGAAACGACUCUUGUGUUUCUUUCAUUUAUUUGAGUUUAUUUCAGGCUGAGAGUGUGAUGGGCCGACGAGAACACGUGUGUGUGUGUGUGUGUGUGCGUUCAGUCAGAUCUGAGCUUGAUCAUCUGUUAUUAUUGUUUUCACCGUUUAUUAACGUUCACACACGUUAAAAGAAGGACUUCAAAGGCAGUUUAAACGGACUGUUUGUAGCUACCUAUGUGUACAGUAAAACCUGUGUCUGUCUUAAAAAAAAGCAAACCAAAUCCCCUUCGGCUCACAAUCACACGCUAAUGAGACAUCAGCGCACGCACAAGCAUGUAGAGAGCUAACAUCGAGCACUUCUUCCACGUUCAGGGCUACGGUACGCUCCGGACCCCAUGAAACUCUUCAAUAACGUCACAAUAAUUCCUAUAAUAACAAUAAUAACAGUGAUACUGGCACUGCUGAUGGUGCACAUUCACUGGCUGCAGGGACGACGCUAAAGCAAUUCGCACCAUCGCUAUUGGCUGAGAGUCAUUGGGGCGUGGUACUUGAGAAACACGUGUCUGUGUGUCCCGUGUGUGUGUUCACGUGUUGUGUUGAGUGUUGAAAACAGGCAAUACGCUUGCACUGGUGCUAUUGUGCAGGAGGAAAAGAGGUUUGGUGGUCCACGUUUAGAAAUUUGCGUUUUAUUUAAAGGCCCAUGACAAUCUUAUCGAGAAUUGCACUUGUCAGUAUGUGAUGAUGAAAGCGACCCCAAACCACUUCUGCGAGCGAAGUUUUCAACCUGGUCUCAUAGGAAAUACGUAACUCUGUGCACUUUUUGCAGCGCCACAAAAUACGUACCUUUAGGUACAUAUUGCAACCCGGUAUCACAACUUCCGACAACAUUAACGUCAACAACACCAUAUUAUAUUAUAUUGGGGUGAAAUGAUCUUCGUAUUUCGUAUCAGACAUCGUAUUUUGUUUGCGUUUAUUAUUUCGUACGCACAAUUUAGACAUUUUGGAGCACGUAACCCAACUCCGCCCCUAAACCAUACAGUUUGUAUAUUAUACAAUAUAAAGCACAACACGUAACAGGAAGAUACGGCUACACUUGCUGUUUAUUCAAAAAGUGCAAUUAUUGCAAGCGUUCCAAGGCCAAAGAACAACCCGAAAGUUAUCCCCUUCUCUCUCCGCCAUAAAACCCUGAUCCGGACCGGCUGCGCUGCCUGCGUGCGCGCAGUGACAGAAUUCACAAAUGGCUGCCGGUGUGUGAACCGUUACGUCAGCGUCGACAGCGAAAUGGCAUUGGCUCUCGUGUGUCUUGUGACUGGUUGCGUCACUAUGCUAGCUUGCGUAAUGAAACGCCAUUGACUGUCCAGCUCCGAUUGCGUCACGCGCUAAACUUGACCGUCAAGGACCAGAACUGACCGUUUUGUAAUAUCUAUUAAAGUACAAAUAAUGUUUAUGUAUAAAAUCGUUUCAGAGGCAAAUUGUGACACUGACACGCAUUCUCUAGCGGACCAAUAAAGUUCUUCUCUUUAGCGCCCCCCAGUGGACGUUUGUGUCUCAAAACUGUAGCAAUAUUGGUACAGUUUUGUGGCGCUGCAAAAAGCGUACGGAGGUACGUAUUUCCCAUGAGACCAGGUUGGAAGUUUUAUUGUUAAAGACUCAUGAAAUCAAAAGCAAAAAAAAAAGAGGCAGAAGUGCUCAAGCUGGUCUGGUUUUUAUUGCUCUUUAUAUAGACCAGUAAAGACCAGCUUAAACAUAAGACAGCUUGUGGCUUUUAGUCCGUGUGUUUGCUUUAAGGUCAUGUAAAUGCUAUUACACACGUUACAUUUAAAGCCGGUGUUUGCACUAAAAGUGAGUAGAUAAACACUUGAAAUAAAAAUUAAAGUGUGUUUCUCUUUAAGGAAAUGGACCAAAAAUAUGAAUGACGUCAUCUUGCACUAAUGCAUGUUUGUUUGCCGGUUUAAUCUUCUCUAGAAUGAGAACGUCCCUGUCUGUAAUACAGUCUGACACCGACUAGCAAUAGCAUGUACCUCGAAGUUCAUGUGAUGUAAACUCAAGUCUCUUGACUUAUGUCAUGAAAAAGUCCUUGAUUGGACUCAAUUUCAUCAACAGCAAAUAAAUCAAACGCAUUUCAUGAGUCUUUAACAUUUGACAUUUUUGUGAAUAUGAAAGUUUUGUCGGUGAGAAACUUUCUGAAGUUUCAUGAAAGAAGGACACUUGGUGAACUGCACUGGCCCCUGAUCCUGGGCUCUCGGUACGGCGGUCUGUGAUGCCGCUCUUUCUGUUAACGUCCGUCCGUUUGUCACGAUCACUCUCUGCUCAGCAGACAAUAAUAUUAAAUCAAUGUGGUACAGUGUUUUUUGCCGAUAUAAAACUAUACGUUUUGUUUUCUAUAAUAAGUACAAGAGCUAGUUGAACAAUAGCAAUGUUUGGCCCUAAACUGUUAAUGUGAAGAAAACAAAGCAAGAGAAAUCAAUUCAGAUCAGUUACAUCUUGAAUCAUCAUCGUCAUAAAUCAAAACUGAAGAACAGAAAUGCAUGUAGAUUCACUGCAAAAAAUGACUUUCUUACUUAGUAUUUUUGUCUUGUUUUCCAGCACAAAUGUCUAAACAUUCUUGAAUCAAGAUGGAUUUUCUUGAUGAGCAAAAUGACCCAAGAAAAUAAGUCUUUAAGGCCCGGUUUCACAGACACGGCUUAGCUUAAACCAGGACUAUGCCUUAGUUGAAUUAAGAUAUUUUUGUCGCUUUUAUAAAAAUGCCUCAGAAGAAUACACUACUGGUGUGCAUCUUGAGACAAAACAAUGGCACGGAGAUAUUUUAAGAUACUUCUGGGCAAGUUAUAUUGAGUUAAGACAGGUCACACAUUCAUUUUAGUCUGGGACUAGCCUUAAGCCUUGUCUGUGAAACCGGGCCUAAGUGUUUUUAGACAAGAAAAACAAGAAAACAAAAUCUGCCAAUGGGAUGAGAAGAAUUAUCUUGAAUUAAGGUUGACCUUUUUUCUAGUCACUAAAUUCAAGAUUAUUUUUCUUACCCCAUUGGCAGAUUUUGUUUUGCUUGUUUUAAGCAAAUAUUCACUGAAAUGUCAUAUUUCUUGGGUCAUUUUGCUCAUCAAGAAAAGGCAUCUUGAUUCAAGAACUAUUAGACAUUUGUACUGGAAAACAAGACAAAAAUACUAAGUAAGAAAGUCAUUUUUGCAGCGUUGAUUCAUCAUCUUGUCAUAACCCGUUUGUAUUCUACUGUUAAUGUGAACAUAUGGAUUCAGAUUCUACUAUACUAGUGUGUUAAUGCCCAGAAGAUGACAGUGGGGUUUAUGGGCUUUGUGAAUGCACUUUUAAACAUUUUGCUCAACAUUCCAGUAUAUUCUGUCAUAUUUUGCACCUGUAAAUUUGACCCGUACACACUGUUUGGGAGUGACGGCCACAUUAACAUCCAGACGUGAAUCUUUUCAAUGACAGCACAAGUCACCGCUGAACCAGCCAUGAGAAUUACAGUACAGCUUUGUGUUGUUGGUUCUUUCUCAUCUGAAAUGUGUUGGAAAAUGCUUCAACACGUAUCUAUAUUUGUUCACUUCUGUACACAGAUUUAAUGUCAACGUACAAAAUAAAGAUGCUAGUUCUUCAAAGUCAAAGUCACCAUUUUUGGUUCCCCAAAGAUCUAUUCAGUCAAAUGUUCAUUAAAGAAGCAGUUUUUCUUAUCGUGUUAUCAUUUGUGAAACAAAAGGCAUUCCGCUAAAAAUGCUUGAGCAGCACCUUUGUUUUUAGGAGUGUGGUCACCAAAUCCAGUGUAGUAUGCACACAUCCAAACUUCAGCAGGUGCUUGAUCAAAAAAGAAAAAAGGAAUACACUUUGGUAUUUAUUCAACUUCUUUGGGAGCAAAAAAGCAUUUCAGUUAUGGUUGUUAUAUCUGAAAUUUUCAGGUUUGUAAAGUGUCCGUCGUUCGUUUAAAUACAGAAUUCUGCGUUGAAUCGGUGAGAAUACGAGUGACAGACGGACUGUAAAUGAACGUUGAAGAAGCGUCUGGCCUCUCAGACACACCUGCUGAAAUGACGUGACUCUUUUAAUGUUGCCUGACUAUGAGCAGACCUACAUUUGUAUUCUGAACGCUGUUAAUGCCUCCACACCCACGGUGGCAUUAAACGGCCCCAGACAGUAUUAGCAGACAAAUCAUUAUUUUUCAUGCUCGAAACCUGCCAGACUCACCUGCAAUAGCUGAAACCACACCUUCACAUGUUGAGUUUCCAGAAAGAGUGACUUCAGUCUGUAUGUCUCAGUUCUGAGUGCAAAAAGUGAUGAAAAUGUCAUGUUGAACGAUGAUUAAAAAGGCACAUUUAGCACUGUGACGGUCAUGAAAAAAACAUCAUAUUUGCGUAACCAUCGGCUCUCGCUUCCAGGUUGCCGUGCAGAUGUGAUUGCAUCAGUAUAUAAAUCCAGCUUUUAGAUUCCCAGGUUUGCUCUGUUGGACAUGCUUUGGAAUGUGCUGUUAAAAUCAUGUUAUUCAUCUGUGAAUAUUUAAUCUUUUGUAAUCUUUGUUAUAUACUAGGCUGUAUAUACAGUAUGAUGGGGGGAUUCAUAUUCCGAGUAUACUCAUUGGGAAAACCUCGCUGUGCUGAACACGGACUUUGUGUUUCUGCUUCACUUGCUUACAGUAUAUCUGUUUUUCUUUUGUAAGACGCAGUGAAAUCAAACAGAAGUUUGGCGAGCAGUGUGUGGAAUCUAGAAGUGUAACCGGUCACUUUAUUACUCAACACUUAGACUAGUAUAAUGCAUUCUUUGUUCAAACCUGUAUGUAAUGUUCUUAAUGGAAGAUGUCAUGUCCUUCUGUAAAUGUUGUUUAUCGUUGUUUUACCUGAAAUAAAUAAAGUUUAUUAAUGCUUCAAG